AUGGAAAUUAAUAAAGAUACAUCUCAUAUUGCCUAUUUAGAAGAUAAAGAAAUAAUCACUGAUAUCACCAGAUCCUCACGACUUUUAUAUCUCCGAAGAGAAUUGCGUAAGAAUGGGAUAUCGGAUGAAGUGAUUGAUGUGGAUAGAACACCACCCCCAAAUUCUCCGGUUCUAGAAUCUGAAAAAAGUAAAGAUAUUACACCACCUAAUCUACUUGAUCUCCUUCCACCAGAAUUAAUACCAUUUAUUACGAAGUAUCUCCCGAUCCAAGAUCUUAAAAAUUGCUGUAGUCUAGAUAAUAUAUGGAAAACCGAAGUGAUUAGAGAAAUUCGCAAAAGAUUAAUAGUGGACUGUACAUUCAUUAAUAGUAAAACAACUGUUAAAGCACUUAUUGAUUCCAAAUCCCAGUAUAAUAGUAUCAGUAAAGCACUUGCCAAAAAAAUGGAUUUAUAUAUUACUAGAAUGUAUGGAUCAAAAUAUCCCGCAGUAAAAGACCUUGGCAUUGGCGCAACAAAUGCUGGUAAAAAAGUGAUGGUAAGAGGAUGGCUUCGUGAUGAAGAGGUUUCUAUUUCUUUACCCAAUAUCUUUGAGUUGGAACCCCCCUCAUAUUUGGAUAAAUCAUAUGAGCAUUUCUUAGUCAUUGACAAACCCGAAUAUGACUUAGUUUUGGGAAGUACGUGGCUAACGAGAUUGGGUAACAGGAUUGAUGGGCGCGAUGGGAGAUAUUGGGAAUCUAAUGAGGAAAAAAGGAUAUAUUACGCAAGAAAUAACAUUGAUAUAGUAUCUCCUUCAUUAUAUAUAUUCUACGAAUUAUUGUUUCCUAAAUUUACCGCAAAUAAUUCAGAUGGAGAAGUUAUAUUAAUCGAGUUUUCUGAUCAAAAUAUAGAGAAUACCCUAAUUGAUCUAAGCGAAUAUUACGAUUCAGACUAUUCCAAAACAGAGUCUGAAUCCAGCGAUUCUGAAACAGAGUCUGAAUCUAGUAAUUCUGGACUGGUUAAUCUACCCCUCCCAAUUAUAAGAGGAACAAUACCAGAUGUCAAAGCUAGAGUAGGGAUCCAAAAAGUUAAUUGCCGUCUUAAUCCAGGUUUUCUCGGACCAGCUAUGUGCACUGAUAAGCUCUUCAAGAAAAUCAGUGGUAAAAUCGCUAGGAAGUUGACUCCCGAAGAUAAAGAUAGCAAAUUCUUCAGAGAGAUGACUACACACCACAUUUACAUCUAA